GGAACUUAUAAUUGAUCCAUAUACCUUUUCCAUUUCUACUUGCAGAAGUGCAAUCUCCUGGUUAAUGGUCAUCAAACUUGCACGUCAGUAACUAAAUUUGCAGCCAUUUAAUUCACCCCAAUGGUCCAAAAUUUCUACAUAAUUUUCUUUUGUCAGGAGCAUGCAAGUGCUUAUAUAAACGGACAAUCAUUCUAUUAAGGCAUAUGCUCAUAGCGAAAUCAUAUAAAAUUUAGGUCAUCACUGUCAUAUAUAGUUACUUCACUUUUGUGUACCAGAAAAGAGAGAAACCAUGCGUACUUCUUCAGGACUGAGAAAAGGGGCGUGGACUAAAGAAGAAGACAUUCUUUUAAGAAAUUGCAUUGCCAAAUAUGGCGAAGGAAAGUGGCAUCAAGUCCCUUCCAGAGCAGGGUUGAAUAGGUGCAGGAAAAGUUGCAGGCUUAGGUGGCUGAACUAUCUGAAACCAGAUAUUAAGAGGGGAGACUUCAGUUCUGAUGAAGUUGAUCUCAUGAUCCGGCUCCAUAAGCUGUUAGGCAACAGAUGGUCGCUAAUUGCUGGUAGACUUCCAGGAAGGACUGCAAAUGAUGUGAAAAACUACUGGAACACUCAUAUGCAGAAAAAAAUGGCGGCUAGAAGAGAAUUACCAAAACAAAGCUUAACGCCGGCGGCCGCCUAUAAGGUUAACAGAUCAGGAAAGACCACAAGACAAACAAAAACUAGCAGCAACAACGUUCUAGUAAAACCUCGACCUCGGGCCUUCUCCAAGAAUAUUAUUAACAACAAUGUUCACAGGAUAAUCAACAGCAAGAAAUCAGCAAGCAACCUAGAAACUCCGAUGAGGAAAUUCGACAAAAAAACCGGCAACGAUUCACCUCUUCCGGCACCCAUUACGUCAGCUCAGCCCGAGAGUGGUAAUCAUAAUAUUAAUACUACCCCCAGUAGUAGUAAUAUACAGUUUUGGCUGGACAACUUGUUUUCCGACAAAGAUCCGGCGGCAGCGACGAACGCCGCCGUGAGUACUAGUCCUGCCGGCGACGCCUGCUGGUCGUCGUUGGGUGACGGGUCGGGAUCGGUGGAAGAAGAUAUGACGGCCGGGUUAUUCCAAGGCGGGGAAUUGUCGGAGCUGCAAGCUUGUGUAAAAGAUGGCGCCGAAUGCAACCGAGAAGCUGGUUUAUUUGGGUCCAAUUUUUUCUCUUUUGAUUCCGAGUUUUGGAAUUUUCUAGUCUCGGAUGCAUAUGUUGUAGAUCAUUAGAUUUCAUAUCUUGCUGGUAUAAAAUAAUUCCUAUUUUCCAUUUAAUUUUUAGUACUCCUUCAUUCCACAUGAGUUGAAUUUGUUAUAAGUACUACUCUCUCUCUGUC